CCACCGGCUCCGAGGGUGUAGCCGGCGGCGCCUGGGACGCCCCUUCCCCUCAAAGUGUCCCCGAAUUGAGCUCUCGGGUCCCCAAGGCUCAGCGGAGACAGCUGGGAGCCCCAGCGAGUUGGAUGUGACAGAGCCCAGCCUGGGGCCGAGUCAUUGUGGACUGCUGUCCCCUGGGACCCCUCCCGCCCACGCCUCGGCCAUGGCCCCGGGGAUGUCGGGCCGCGGCGGCGCCGCCCUGCUCUGCCUCUCCGCGUUGCUCGCCCACGCCUCCAGCCGCUCCCACCCGGCCAGCCCCAGCCCCCCAGGACCUCAGGCCAGCCCAGUGCUGCCGGUCAGCUAUCGCCUGUCACACACAAGGCUGGCCUUCUUCCUGCGGGAGACUCGGCCACCAACACCCACGGUGGCCAACGGUUCCCUGCAGCGCUCCGAGCCCUUCGUGGUGUUCCAGACCAAGGAGCUACCUGUCCUCAACGUGUCCCUGGGGCCCUUCAGCACCAGCCAGGUGGUAGCGCGGGAGCUGCUGCAGCCGUCCAGCACCCUGGACAUCCCCGAGCGCCUGACGGUCAACUGGAAGGUGCGCGCCUUCAUCGUGCGCGCCCGCGUGCCCGCCUCGCAGCCAGUGGCUCAGGUGCUCUUCUACGUGGCCGGCCGGGACUGGGACGACUUCGGUGUCACGGAGCGGCUGCCCUGCGUCCGCCUGCACGCCUUCCGCGACGCGCGCGAGGUGCGGAGCUCGUGCCGCCUGGCCGGGGGUCUGGCCACCUGCCUGGUGCGCGCCGAGCUGCCCUUGGCCUGGUUCGGACCCCCGGCCCCGGCCGCACCCCCGAAUGUCCGCCGCAAGUCCCCGGAUGGACUGGAACCCGAGGCAGGCACGGAGAGCCAGCAGGCCGAGCUCUACUACACGCUGCACGCCCCCGACGCGGCGGGUGGCUGCGGGACCGCGCGGCGCGGCCCCGGGCCCGGAGCGGCCGCGCGCGCAGAGAGCCCCACUCAGCACCCGCUGCUGCGCAUAGGCAGCAUCAGCCUAUUCCGGCCACCGCCGCGCAGGGCCUUGCAAGAGCACCGGCUAGACAGCAACCUGAUGAUCCGCCUGCCAGACAGGCCGCUCAAGCCAGGAGAGGUGCUCAGCAUCCUCCUCUACCUGGCGCCCAACUCCUCCUCGGCCACCAGCCCCAGCGUAGAGCACUUCACACUCAGGGUAAAGGCCAAGAAGGGUGUGACCCUCCUAGGCACCAAGUCUCGGAGUGGCCAAUGGCAUGUGACCUCAGAGCUGCUGACUGGGGCAAAGCACUCAACAGCCACUGUGGAUGUGGCCUGGGCCCAGGGCACACCCCUGCCCCCCUGGGAGGGCCAGGGCCCCCUGGAGAUCCUACAACUGGACUUUGAGAUGGAGAACUUCACCAGCCAGUCUGUGAAGCGGAGGAUCAUGUGGCACAUCGACUACCGAGGCCACGGUGCCCUGCCUGACCUGGAGAGAGCCGUCACUGAGCUGACGGUCAUCCAGCGGGACGUGCAGGCCAUCCUGCCCCUGGCCAUGGACACAGAGAUCAUCAACACCGCCAUCCUGACAGGCCGGACUGUGGCCAUCCCUGUCAAAGUCAUUGCCAUCGAAGUGACCGGCCUCAUCCUAGAUGUCUCUGCCCUAGUGGAGUGCCAGUCUGACAAUGAGGACAUUAUCAAGGUGUCCAGCAGCUGCGACUAUGUGUUUGUGAGUGGAAAAGAGUCUCGAGGGUCCAUGAACGCCAGGGUCACCUUCCGCUACGACGUGCUCAGUACUCCCCUGGAAAUGACAGUCUGGGUUCCCAAGCUGCCUUUGCACAUAGAGCUCUCCGAUGCUCGCCUCAGCCAAGUGAAGGGAUGGAGGGUGCCCAUCCUUCCCGACCGGAGGUCAGCCCGAGAGAGUGAGGACGAGGAGGAAGAGGAGGAAGAGCGGAGGCAGAGUGCCAGCCGAGGCUGUGCCCUGCAGUACCAACAUGCCACCCUGCAGGUCUUCACCCAGUUUCACACGACAUCAUCUGAGGGCACCGACCAGGUUGUCACUAUGCUGGGCCCCGACUGGCUGGUGGAAGUCACCGACCUGGUCAGUGACUUCAUGCGGGUUGGUGACCCCCGAGUGGCACACAUGGUGGACAGCAGCACACUGGCAGGCCUGGAGCCAGGCACCACCCCCUUUAAGGUGGUAUCCCCCCUGACAGAGGCUGUGCUGGGGGAGACACUACUGACAGUGACAGAGGAGAAAGUCAGCAUCACACAGCUGCAGGCCCAGGUGGUGGCCAGCCUCACCUUGUCCCUGCGACCCAGUCCUGGGAGCAGUCACACCAUCCUGGCUACCACAGCUGUACAACCCACACUCAGCUUUGUCAAGCAGGAAGCCCUGCUGAGUCUCUGGCUCUCCUACAGUGAUGGCACUACAGCCCCACUCUCCCUGUACAGUCCCCGAGACUACGGGCUGCUAGUGAGCAGCCUGGAUGAGCGGGUGGCCACUGUGACCCAGGACAAGGCCUUCCCCUCCGUGGUGGCAGAGGCUGAGGGGGCAGGCGAGCUGCUCAGGGCUGAGCUCAGCAUUGCAGAAAGCUGCCAGAAAACCAAGCGCAAGAGUGUGCUGGCCACCACCCCAGUGGGCCUGCGAGUACACUUCCGACGGGAGGAGGAGGACCCCACUUACGACUAUCCAGGGCCCAGCCAGCCAGGGCCUGGCGGGGGCGAGGACGAGGCCCGCGGAGCUGGCCCACCAGGCACGGCCAUCCCUGCAGGGGAGGCCCCCGAGUCAGGCACCUCCGGCCCAGUGCCACCCACAGAGGACUUCUUGCCACUGCCCACUGGCUUCCUGCAGAUGCCCCGGGGGCUGACGGACCUAGAGAUAGGCAUGUAUGCACUGCUGGGGGUCUUCUGCCUGGCCAUCCUCGUCUUCCUCAUCAACUGCAUAGUGUUUGUGCUGCGCUACCGGCACAAGCGCAUCCCACCCGAGGGCCAGACCAGCAUGGACCACUCUCACCACUGGGUGUUCCUGGGCAAUGGGCAGCCACUGCGAGUGCAGGGCGAGCUGUCCCCACCAACAGGGAACGCGCUGGAAACCGUGCCUGCCUGCUGCCAUGGUGAUCACCACAGCAGCGGCAGCUCGCAGACCAGUGUCCAGAGCCAGGUGCACGGCCGCGGGGAUGGCUCCUCAGGUGGCUCUGCCCGGGACCAGACCGAGGACCCUGCUAGCUCACCCACCUCCAAGCGCAAGAGGGUCAAGUUCACAACCUUCACCACACUGCCCUCGGAAGAGCUGGCCUAUGACUCCGUGCCUGCUGGUGAAGAGGAUGAGGAGGACGAAGAGGACCUGGGUUGGGGUUGCCCGGAUGUGACUGGCACCACACGGCCCACCCGGCCCCCAGACCUGCACAAUUACAAGGGCAGAAUGAAAGAGAUUGCAUAAUGGUGCCCUGGGGUGGUGAGGAUGCCCCCCUCCCCAUGCAGUGGCCUCUGGCUCGGGGUCAGCUUGGACCCCCCAGCUCACAGGGACAUGGGGGGGCUGAAUGGAUUUUAUAGCCCCUGCCCCUGCAGCUUUGCUCUGGCCAGGUGGCAGCCUCCCUGGUCUGACCCUUCCUGCCCUACCCCUACCCUCUCCUGCCCUCUGCAGGUGGAAGGCUCCUUCUUACCCCAGCAAGAAGGAAGAAGGCAGCUCCCUCCUGGCUCCAUCCUUUCUGAACCUAGACCCAUCUUAGACAAUCCCACUGCCCCAAGAAUGAGACUCUGAAGCCAAGCUUGGGGUCCAAGUGGGCCCACACUGUACCCCCUAUGGUCCUCCUGAGCAGGAGAAUAGGGGGUCUUGUGUCACAGGCUGCACAAAGACUUUUCUCAAACCAAUAUUCAGGGAUUUCUGUCCUGCAGGGUGGGAAGUGAUGACUGCCUGCCUUGUCAAGGAUCUUGCUGCGGACAAAACAUUUGGGUGUUGAGGAAUAAUUGUGAUGUCUGUUAGCUUCCAGUUGUCUCUCAAGCCUAGAGCUGACUGCAGAGGGUCCAGUGUGAUGUGGGCACCUACCUGGGGUCUCCCUGGGACUCCCUCUGCCCUAUAGCCUGCAGGAGGGCCCAUGUGGGAGGGGUUCUCACCUCCCAAGCCAAACCACACCCACCGCAGCUAAAGCAGUGGGUUCUGUGCAGCCUGCCCCAACAGCACGGUCAACACUACUGCGCCUUAGUCUGGGCUCUACUCACUUCUGCUUCCCUCCACAUCACAGGGAAGGCAGCCACUGCCAGUAUCUCUGGGAUGGAGGGGGCCACAGGAGUUAGUGCAAGGGGCCAUGGGGUGGGUGAAGGCAGAAGGGAGCCUGUGCCCCUUCCCCAUCCAAUGGCCACGCCUCUUGGGUUCUACCCACCACUGUGUCAGUUUUUCAUAAAUAAAUGGAAGGCAUCAGCCUGGGGGUGGGGGCAGCAGCUCCCUAUGAACAGACA